AUGCUCGUGACUAUCCUCCAGGCAUCCUUGUUCUCGGCCUUCUUUGUUGAUGCGGCGCCACAUCCGCGUCACCGGCGAGUGGGUAAUGGGGUUGCCGAAACGCCACCAAUGGGGUGGAAUACGUACAACCAUUACUCCUGCUCUCCUAAUGAGAGUAUUGUGCAUUCCAACGCACAGGCUCUUGUAGAUCUUGGUCUGGCAGAUCUUGGGUACACAUAUGUUACUACCGAUUGUGGCUGGACGGUCGCUGAUCGAUUGGCUAAUGGAUCGUUGACUUGGAAUGCAACUUUAUUUCCAAGCGGAUUCCCCGCCCUUGGUGAGUUUCUGCAUGGAUUGGGGUUGCUAUUUGGGGUUUAUGAGGAUGCAGGGAUCAAGACUUGUAGCGAGGGACAAGAUCAGACAGGGAGUCUAUACCAUGAAGCUCAGGACGCCGCAACGUUUAUAUCAUGGAACAUCGAUUCGCUGAAAUAUGACAAUUGCUACUCUGAUGUGGCGACUGACUAUCCAAAUGUCGACUACACACCUAGCGUAUCGCCCAGUCUACGCUACGCAAAUAUGACCAAAGCCUUGGAGGCCCAAUCUCGGUCGGUGCUAUUCCAGAUCUGCGAAUGGGGCGUCGACUUCCCGGCUCUUUGGGCUCCUGCCUUAGGAAAUACCUGGCGAAUUGGCAACGACAUAAUUCCAGCCUGGCGAACUAUCUUCCGUAUCCUGAACCAGGCAGUGCCUAACCAACCCUACACUGGACCGGGCCAAUGGCCUGACCUUGACAUGCUUGAGGUCGGAAAUGAUAUCUUUACCACUGCUGAGGAACAGACACAUUUCUCGUUGUGGGCUAUCAUCAAAAGUCCGCUUGUUAUUGGGGGCGCGCUUAAGGAUGAAUAUACCUCUAUUAGUGACGCUUCGUUGGAGAUCUUGAUGAAUGAGGAUGUUAUUGGCUAUAAUCAGGACAGCCUUGGUAUUGGCGCGGGGCUAACGAGGAGAUGGAGUGAGGAGGGCUAUGAAGUUUGGAGUGGGCCGCUUUCUGGCGACAGGGUUGUUGCAGCCGUCAUUAACUGGAACGGUGAGGAGAAAGAGUUGACUUUGAACUUGCCGGAUGUCGGAUUGCAGUAUGCGGGCUCGGUCAAGGAUAUUUGGGGUGGUAAGUCGGUUGAGGGCGUAAAGACAUCAUACUCGGGGUCGGUUGCUGCCCAUGGGGUUCUUUUACUCGAGCUCGGGGAUACUGCUCCAGCUGGGACUUAUCCUACGAAUUUGUUCGGGUCUUCGCAUGGCAAAACCACAACUUUCAAGUCUGUCUACGCCAACACGACAAGUUCAAAGUAUACCGUAUCGAUUGCAUUUUCCAGUGCUGUGUCAAAGGCCACUACGAUUGAGCUGAGCACCUUGGCAGAUACAACAUCUCAGACAAUCAAAGUGCCAGCGUCAAGCAAAACUGUCACAUCGACCCUCUCCUUGACAGCCGGGUCAUCAAAUACCGUAACCAUCAAAUCCACAGCCUCGAUCGAGUCAAUCACCAUAAAGUCUCCAACUGGCACAUACUAUGCUGGCAAAACAGACUUUACCCUAGGCGGCUCCGCAGUCAUUGAACAAUGCGGAACCAGCGGCUGCGCCCCAGUUGGAUAUAAAAUCGGCUACCUCAGCGCAGCUAAUACAGCAACAGCUACCAUUCCAGCAACGGUGUCCAGUGCCAGUGGGACAGAAGCAAAGUACAUCGAGAUAGAUUAUAUCAACAACGAUGUUGCCUUCUCGAGUACCUGGGGCUGGGGCUCUAACUCCCGGAAUAUUACUAUCUCGGUUAAUGGGGGUGACCCUGUUCGACUCGAGGUUCCGCUUUCCGGACAGCAUAGUGAGCUUUAUAGUGAUGGCCUGGGUUGGUGGGAUACGGCCACCCUUGGGCUUCUGCUUGAUGGAUGGGUGGAUGGGGAGAAUGAGGUUGUCGUUGCUAACGCUGCUGAUACGGAUGUGUCAGAGACCUGGGGAGCUGAUUUCGUGGGACUCAGAUUCUAUGAUUGA